AUGAGAGGAGCCAGAUGGUUCUAUAAAGUAAACGCUAUAAAAGAGCAAUUAUUUUCAUCAAAAAAUUUAUUAUACACCAAUGUAGCCAUAUCAAUUUCUCUUUCAGCUGUAGGAGAUAUCAUAGAACAACACUAUGAAAUAAUCAAGGGUGAAUGGGAAAAAUGGAGUCCAAGCAGAACAAGAAAUAUGGCCGUGAGUGGCAUGUCCAUUGGUAUACUUUGCCAUUACUGGUACAGAUACUUGGAUUCCAAGUUAUCUGGACGCACUAGUAAAAUUGUACUGAAAAAAGUAAUUAUUGAUCAGUUUGUCUGUUCACCACUUUGUAUAAGCAUGUUUUUCUUAACAUUAGCAUUAUUGGAAAGAAGUAAUUUGUCAGAAUUAAAAACUGAGAUAGUAAAUAAGGCACAUAGAUUGUACUUAGCAGAAUGGGUAAUAUGGCCACCAGCACAGAUCAUUAACUUCUAUUUUCUUCCAACUAAAUACAGAGUUUUAUAUGAUAAUACUAUAUCUCUUGGCUAUGACGUUUAUACAAGUCAUGUAAAACAUGACAAAGAUAACAUAAAAUGUUAACAUAAUUGUAUUUAUAAAUAAUUUUAAUAAUUGUUUAACACAUAGCAAUACCGAAGCAAAGAAAUAUUAAAAAAAAUGUUCUAGUUAGAAAUGUAUCUACUGAAAUGACAUUGUUAUAUAAUGAGUUUUCCUGCCAAUAGGACUAGUAUUGUAUUAUCUUAUCUGAAAUUGAUGUAUAAGAUUUUCUAAGUAAGUGUCAUCUGAAGUAGUAUCUAUAAAUCAUAAUUAACAAGAGUAAACAUAUUAUGAGAACAUGUUUUUAUAACUUUUAGGUAUACAAUUUGAUAAGUGUAAAAAGAUCAUUUAUUUUUUUAUCUUUUAUAAACAAUAUCUAAAAGUUUGUUUGUAUUUUUAAAUGGAAUAUUAUAAUUUUUAAUUGCAAUACUAUAAUGUGAUAAUUCACAAGUCAUCCAAAAAAGAUGGAAUGCAUACAUCUUUACAUCACAAUGAACGGUUAUACUUGUUCAAUACUAUUUCAUGUAUCAUUAUUAAAAAAAAAUUUCUUUAAUUUUUUCUUCCAUAUCAAAAUUAAAAUAUAGGCAUAAAAAAAAGAAAAGAGAAAAAAAACCACCCACGAAAUCUUCGAGUUUGUCUUCACAAUAAAAAUUCUUUAAUCCUGAUCAGAUUCUCUAGACAAAAAAUGAUGAGUUCUCAUAUGUUUUUUCUUAUUUAUUAUAAUUUAAUGAUUGUCUUUAUCUUAUUCGACACUUAUUUAAGGAUACUUUAACAACCUCGAUAAUUAAAUAAUACAAUAUAUAGUAAUAAAAACUCGAAUUACAUAAAAGAUAAAAGGAACCAUAUAAAAAAGUCAAUAUGUGUGAAAAAUACACGUAAAUAAAAGUGUGAAUAAAUUAAAUAAUUUGUUUCUCCCAAAUUCCUGUUUUUUUUUUCUUUUUUUCUUAAAAUAUAGCAGUUGAAAUGUUUUACAUAGUCCAUCAUAUUAUAAUGUAAUAUUAAUAAAUAUGAUAAAUUAACUGUGUAUUACCCAUCGUGUAAGAUUCGAAUUUGUACUCAGAUACUGAAUAAUUCGAAAUGUUCAUGGAAAAUAAAAUGUAUUGCAUUCAGAACA